AAAAAUACUAGUUUUAUAAAGUUUUGGCAUGUUUAGAACCAUUUUGAUUCAUAUACAGGUAGUAAGAUGUAAAGAAACUAAAAAAAGUCAAUCGAAUGAAAAUAGUUUUCGCCGUAUUUCCGUAAGCUAUUACUUUGUAUGAUAUUUGCUCAUAUUAACUCUGUAUUCAAUGUAUUCGUCUAUUGUUCAAUUCAAAGUUUGUGCCAAUUCUCACCGAUUUUUUUUCUUUUCGCAGAUCGAAUACAAACACGAACAUCCACACAAACUAGCGGAGUGAAAAAUGUUCAGCAAAGGGUUUCGACUAUCAGCCAAUUUGUGCAUAAAAUCUGCACGUAAUUGGCAAUUUAUAUUCAUGAUAUGCAUUUUGGUGCACGCGAUUGAUAUGUGUAAUGGUCACGGCCGCCUCAUCGAACCCCCUAGCCGAUCAUCAGCUUUUCGAUAUGGCUUUCAAACACCCCCAAACUAUAAUGAUCACGAAUUGUAUUGCGGUGGUUUUGCUCGACAGCAACGCAAUGGUGGCAAGUGUGGAGAGUGUGGUGAUGCUUGGGAUAUGCCACAACCUAGACCAAAUGAACAUGGCGGGAAAUUUGGGCAAGGUGUUAUUGUGAGAAAAUAUAAUCCAGGCGCGGAUAUUACAAUUCGUGUGGAACUUACAGCCAGUCAUAUGGGCUAUUUCGAAUUUCGAAUUUGUCCUGAAUUGGCAGCGAAGCAAUCAUGUUUGGAUAAGCAUGUUUUGGAAUUGCUGGGUGGAACACCAAGUCAACCACAACCGAACGACUUGAAAACUCGCUUCUAUCCAAGAAAUGGCAGCCGAAUCUAUGACAUCAAAGCUCGUCUUCCACCAGGCCUUGAAUGCGGAAAUUGUGUUCUUCAAUGGCGAUAUAUUGCUGGAAAUAAUUGGGGCAUGUGUGAGGAUGGCACUGGUGCUGUGGGCUGCGGACCUCAAGAAGAAUUUCGUGCAUGUAGUGAUGUCUCAAUAGGUGAACAUGCAGCAGCACCUCCAUUGCGACCGAUUCGCCCUGGAACAAAACCAACGAAACAUGGCAAAAUUACAGAUGCCACCAGAAGUACGCCACCAACCGAAGUCGAAACGUUCGAGGAGCCAAUCUACGACAGUUCAUCACGAUAUUUGGGAGCAAUUGUCAUUAUUCUUUCAGCUCUUCUUGUUGUUCUAUGUUUGCUAUUUGCCAUUUAUUUAUACCAUUAUCACGGAAGUCGUGUCAAACAAUUCAUACACUGGAAUCAACAACAUCAAAAAUCGCCAACGGGUGACAUGUCCGCAUCCAAACCAGUUUCAAUCGUUUCUCCAACUUAUCCCCCUCCAGCAUUCGACCCACCAGUACCGCCUCCACGAACAAAACGAUUAUCGCAAACACUCAAUGAAGUUACUUCCUUUGAACCAAGCGUUAUCAGCGGAUAUACUAGAUAAAAUGUAGUCAUAACCAGUAUCUAGCCAGCAACAAAUCCAACACACGAUUUGCUUUAAUAGACAUUUAACGAGGGAGAUAAUGAUAACCUUGUGGUACUUGCAGAGCAAAGAGAAAUCUUUCGAAUCUCUCGUAGCCAAUUAAAAAUAGAAUGUAAUUAUGUAGUAUAACGCAAUGACUAGUUUGUAGAUCCAAUUUGAAUUUGAGAAUAAUUUUUUAUUUAAAACCAAUUAUUAUGGUCAAAGAAAUUGCGAUUUUCGAAUAUAUAUGUACGUUAAAACGUUACACAUUUUUGUACAAAAUGUACAAAUUUUAAUGACUUUGCCAAACAAAUCCACACAUGUUCAUGACCAUUGACCCAACGCUACGGUUUCUUCUGACAGUUCCCAUAUAACAUGAACAUAAAUGGCACUGAAGCGCCAACUGGUGCUAGAACCUGUACUACGUACACUGAAUGGAAGCUUUUUCACUCUUGUGUUGACGAAUUCGACAUUGAUUUUGACAUUCUGUUUGUAGCACCAGUUGGCGACAACGAUGCGAAGUCGUAGCGUUGCAUUGACCACAGAAAAUUCGGAUUUGAUUAAUUAACCAAAUUUUGCCUGAAUGUUGGUCCCUUCUGUAUGUCUUCUAACUCCUUGUGAUUUUUUUGAAAAACAUUUAUUUAUUGCUACAAAAACAAGACGUCAUCAUUAUCAAUUACAGAGUGUACUUACAGAUGAAUUCAUCAUCGAUAUUUAUUAGAUAAAUCGUAUGUGUUGCGUUAUUGUAAUGUAUCCGCAGCAGAAAAUUCAUAUUUCUUUCCGGAUUUUCCAAAUUUUAGGCUGAUUCUAGAGGAAUUCUGUAGAAAUAAUGAGAUGGAAGACUUAACAGAACACAUAGACCAGGUCGGAUCCAUCUGCUCCCAAGAUCUACUUCCAGCUCAAUCAAUAUUUCAGAAGUUCUUCAUAAGCUCUCUCUGUUUUGAGCUUAUAUGCAAAUAUGACUGAGUUGAAAGGAAUUUAUGGAGUAAGUCGAUCCUGUCUAGUCCAAUAACGCAACACAUACGAUUUAUCUGCUAAAUUCAUCAAUCGAUGAUGUAAGUAAACUCUGCUUCACCGCUUAAUUGCGGAUAUUUCAUUUAUUCUAAUCACAUUUAAAAACAUUUAUAGUGCAAACCAUCUGUAAAUGUGAUUUAAUAGUUAAAAAUUGAGUUUCUAUUUUGAACAAUAAAGAUGAAAAUAAUGAUGUGGAGACAAUUUAUGAACGAAAAUUAAAUCUUGAAAUUUCGUGAUAUAUAUUAUUGCAC